AUGAAGGGCUUGAAAACUAUAUUCUUGGGAAAAACUAAUGACAAAUCUGUUAUGCAACAGGCCCAUGGACUUCAGGACGGGGCGAAAAGGGAGAACCACUUCCCCACCCUGGUCGGAUUUACUGAUCUCCGUAGCCUUCCCCUUCUUGGCAGCAUGAACAUUAUUCCCGAGGAUUUCAACUUUGCAAAGGGAAAAUACACGUACAGUGCCUUUUUGCGAGAAACCAAGCAGCGCAUUAAAUGUGGAGAUGAUGAACGGUCAAGAAACAUCAAUUGGCGUGUAUCAUGUGACAAACAUUCCUUGAAGGAGCAAGUGAAGGGGUACAAAAUGACUGCGCAUGAUUGA